UGGUUCGUUGGACAAACAGCGAAAAAAGAGAGGCAGGAAGAGCCGACGAAGCCGAAGCAGAGAGAGCACCACGACGGACGAAGAAAAAUGGCAGGGAAAGCCGGCGGACUCAAAGGGGUUGCCCUCAUCGGCGGCGGCGCCAACAGCACGGUCGCCGGGGCCCUCCACUUCUUCGAGGACCCCUCCACCAGGUACACCGAGGUGAGGGGCAAGGUCACGGGCUUGACUCCGGGAAGGCAUGGAUUUCACAUCCACGUCUUUGGCGACACUACCAAUGGCUGCAACUCAACCGGGCCCCAUUUUAACCCUCACAAUAAGCCCCAUGGAGCUCCAUUUGAUAAGGAACGACAUGCGGGUGACCUGGGAAACAUAGUAGCAAACGAAGAUGGAGUUGCAGAAGUGUUCAUAAGGGACUUACAGAUUUCACUGAGUGGGCCUCAUUCCAUACUAGGAAGGGCAGUUGUUGUCCAUGCUGAUCCUGAUGACCUGGGGAGGGGUGGCCAUGAACUCAGUAAGUCAACAGGAAAUGCAGGAGCUAGAAUUGGAUGUGGUAUCAUUGGGAUUCAGUCUUCAGUUUAACAAAUAACAGCCUAGUACCACCACAAAAAAGGGCAAGGAUUUCACAGUAUAUGCAGUAUGCUGGUGCAGAGACAUGGAAACGACGUUCGUUGUUCUGGACCGUUUCAAGGCUAAACGUUUUAUUACCCUUAUUGUCUUCAGUCAUGUAUACAAUAAUCUUACAGUCAAUGAGAGGAAAUUGCUAGUAAGAUCUUGCAUAGCUUAUAUCACUGGUUAUCCAUAGCAAUAAGCCUAUAUGUAAAAAAUUUUUGGAAGAGAAAGCUAUGAGUCUAUAAAGGGUGCUGCUUUUGGAUUUGUACAUCA